CAUCAUUUAAGCACACCAAGGAGGGGAAGAGUGAGAGAGGUGCGGUGGAGAGAGACAGCCUCUUAGAGCCGUGAGGCAGAAGUGAUGGAUUCAGCCCUCGGAAAAGUGACAGUCUUCUCCCAACCAGCCACAGGCAGUACACAUCCUGCCUCGGACUCUCACCAUUUGGCAGGAAAGUAAGCUCCAACAUCCAUCUAAAGGUACCCACUGUCUUCUUCUCAGAGUGCACAGUUUUCAAGAGGAUCUCUGAACUGUUUACUCAAUGUUUGCCAAAGAGGGUCUGGGAGGUUGGGCAACUGUUGAGCAAGUGACAGCCUUUUAAUGUCAAAGUUCUCCACUGUUGGAAUGGACUGAGGUGAUCAUUUCAGAAAGACUGGACGAGGAGAGAGAAGAUACAUAAGUGAAACUUUCUGACUUGGGAUGAAUUCCUACCAAGGCAAUCUCCGAAGAGCUCUGGCAGAAGGGCAAAGCCACUGAGAACCUCCUCAACACUGCAGUUGUCUCGUUUUGGUGAGUUGGACAAUAACACAUGGAGCCCCCUUCAAUGGUCCUGCUGGGGGUCAUUCUGGUUUAUGGACUAAGUUGGGGCGUCCAGCAGACACAGGCAGAUCUGUCGGACAAUAGCCAAGACAAGCAUAAGACCCAGGAAUUUGGGAGCAGUGAGGAUGAUUUGGAAGGAGAGUUUUUGUAUGCCAAGAGGAGCAAACGUGCUCCAGCUGAACAGCCACAGGACAAGUGUUCCUAUACUUUUAUCGUGCCUCAGCAAAAGGUGACCGGAGCCAUCUGCCUGAACUCCAAGGAACCUGAGGCCAUGUUGGAGAAUCGGGUCCACAAGCAAGAGUUAGAGCUGCUGAACGUGGAGCUCCAGAAACAGAAAAGGCAGAUCGAAGCCCUACAGCAGCUGGUGGAGGUGGACGGAGGUAUCGUCAACGAGGUCAAGCUUCUAAGAAAGGAAAGUAGAAAUAUGAACUCCAGAGUGACUCAGCUGUACAUGCAGCUCCUCCAUGAGAUCAUCAGAAAGAGAGACAAUGCUCUGGAAUUAGCCCAAAUGGAGAACCGGAUCCUGAACCAAACCUCAGAGAUGCAGCAGCUCACCAGUCGAUACAAAGAUCUCGAGCACAAGUACCAGCACUUGGCUUCCCUCGCCACAAACCAGUCAGCUAUAAUAGCCAUGCUGGAGGAGCAGUGCCAGAGCCGACACCCUCCCCGUUACAUUCCCGCCUCGCAGCCACGACCUCAACCUCCUCCACCGCCAUCUCCACCUCUCAACAAGCCUUACCAGCCACCUUACCAGCCACCUUACCAGCCACCUCUCCUUCCACGCAUAAACAAUCCAAUCAGCAAUGAGAUCCAGAGCGACCAAAAGUCUCUUCCGCCCCUUCCUACAAUGCCUGUUGGUACACACAGCCCAUCUACCACUGACAAACCAUCUGGUCCAUUCAGAGACUGCCUGCAGGCGCUCGAAGACGGCCACACUUCCAGCGGCAUGUAUCUGGUGAAGCCAGAAAACGCCAACCGCCUCAUGCAGGUGUGGUGUGAUCAGAGACAGGACCCGGGCGGCUGGACGGUCAUCCAGAGAAGGCUGGAUGGCUCCGUCAACUUUUUCAGGAACUGGGAGACGUACAAGCAAGGAUUUGGCAACAUAGACGGCGAGUACUGGCUCGGUCUGGAAAACAUCUACUGGCUGACGAACCAGGGAACCUACAAGCUGCUCAUCACGCUGGAGGACUGGUCUGGGAGGAAAGUGUUUGCAGAGUACGCCAGCUUCAGAGUGGAGCCGGAAGCUGACUACUACAGGCUCAGAGUGGGCCGGUAUCACUAAAGAAGGUUUGGCUUUUCAAAAGAUUGCAGAGGAUCAUUUGUCACUAUUGAAAGGAAAUUAUUAUGAUUGUUUUUUUGUGUUUUUGGCUAUUUUCUAACCUUUUCAGGAAAUUGUGCGCACUAUCAGAAGGGAGGGUGGUGGUACAACUCUUGCGCACAUUCAAAUCUGAACGGUGUGUGGUACAGAGGAGGACACUACCGCAGCCGCUACCAAGAUGGAGUCUACUGGGCAGAGUUCAGGGGAGGAGCCUACUCACUAAAGAAAGUAGUCAUGAUGAUCCGUCCGAACCCGAACACCUUCCAUUAGGGACACACCUGGGACGGUGUUUUCCAUCACACAAAACUCCUCAUUUCCACCAGAUCAAGUCAGACCACAAAAUAAAACCAAUAAAAAGCAAAACAUGAUCCUGAAAGUGCAAUAUUGAAACAUCAGGGUGAUGCUGGUCUCCCCACCAAUAAAUAAUAUUUUAAUAAUAAUAUUUUUUUUAGCUGUUUAUUUUUUUCUUUGUUUUGUUUUUCUCUUUCUGUUUCUCUUUUCACUACAGGAUAUUUAAAGAGUGCGUAUUGCUCAAGAGGGAUUUUAACUCCACUUUGGCAAACGGGGGGUGUCAGUAACUGUGCUUUUAUUCGGUCUGAGUAGCUCUGUAUUCUAAACCCUGCAUUAAUAUCUAUCUUAACAAGCGAAGGAGGUCGACACAGGAAAUGUAUCCAGUGAUUGCUCUUUAAUUUCAUGCUAAUUAUGUAUUUUAUUUCAAACUGUGUAGUUUCCAGUAACACUAAAAAAGAAUUACUUGCAACAAAGACUCUUAUAUUGUGGCACAUAUUUUACAGUGCACACUUCAAAACAUUUGGAACAUUUUUUUUUUUUUUUUUGCUUAAAGAAAGUCACAAAUUGCGAUACAAACACAUAAACAUUUUACCAGUUGUUGUUUAUUUUCAAUUAAAAAACAGGUGGGGAAAAAGAAAAUCUACUUAUUGCCAAGAUUUUAGAAGGUAAAUCUUUCAUCUUUUGGUGAAUUGCUUAAGCAAGUAUCCUAAGUUGCUUGUGAAAUCUGAGCACCAUAUUUACUGUAUAAAUGUGUUGUUUUGUUGAUGCAAAUGAAUCCAACACAAUGUGUUUGUACAUAGGAUAAUUGUAAUAUAAUGUAUGUAAAAGUUCUUUCAUAAUUGAGUUGCAAUAAAAUAUGUACAGAUCUUG